AUGAAUUGGCGCAACGCCGAGCAUGGAUCCGCGUCACACCACGAGUGCGUUCGCGACGCCCAAAGGCGAAUCAAUUCCGGAUUGAAUGACUUGGGCGAAUCGGACAUCUGUCAUCCGAUCGAUCAACCGGAGUGUCAAGAACGCGAUGUGGUUGGUGCGUCACCACGUCGUUUCUCUCGUGUUCUCUCUCCGUAUCAUUGUUCGGUGCUAGUCCAGAGGCGCUUGUAUCGAUCAUACGUCUUGGCAAGACAUGAUAUAAUCAUUAAUUGUAUUCGACUGGCUGCGUUACACUUACACGCUCUCCGUCACAUUGUUGAAAUUUUCCGAUUUUCACUCACUAUCAUGCGUCGUCGUUACUCACGGGAUGAUAUUGUUUCGUUCGAACGUCUCCGGACAUUCUAUGAUGAUUCAGCCGUUUUUGCGACUCCAGAUUAUCACUGUCCAGGUUUGACCGGAAAACGCAAGCGUGUAGGAUGGCAAGGUGCCCUUAAUUGCGUCCUGCUGUUCAAGACGGCUGCUUCUCAUUGGUCAGCACUACCAUCCAGCCCCUGUUUCCAAAUAUGUCGGAUUUAA